AUGGCACUUCUUGCCAAUACCCCAACCACAACUGCGUCAAGAAUAACUGCUCCCUUGGAUGUGCCUCAAACACAAAAUACCGCCCCGGUGCUCGAAUUUCGAUGCCUCUACACACAGGAUCUGCGGCGCAAGCAGAAGCGGUGGCAGGAUGGGCGACUCAAGUUUCACACCUUCAACAAACGAGUGAUGAUCUACGAUGAGCAGUCGAAUUUCGUGGGCGAUACGCAUUGGCGCGACGAUGACGAAUUCACGGAAGGGGAGGAGCUUCAAUUGGACCGAAGAGGCAUAUUGGUUGAAGUUGGAGAAUGUCUCGGCAAGAGAGAUCAAGACCUAACUGAGUUGUUGAGUAAGAGGGCCCAAGAAAAAGAGGGGAGGGCUGCCGCGAGGAUUGCAAAUCCAUCCCCGACGACAUCGGUUGGGCGGUUCCAGAAUGUCAGGGCCGCGGUGACCACCUUGACGCCUAAGCCUCUCAGCGCCCUGUUGACGCCAUCUCGGCACUAUGGCAGGGCUAUGGUGUCAAAUGCCUCUCCAUUUGAGGAGAGACAACGCUUGGAAAAUGGAAACCACAACGAGGAGGCCAAUCGGCCGGCGAAGAGAAGGAAGCCGGACGACGUGACCCAGAGCAAGAGCGGGUAUGCUCAGAACCUCAUGGGGGCCACAUUGAACUUGGCAUCAUCGAGACCACCAAGCACGGCGACAGUGCGGUAUGAUUUGCCUGAGCCAAAUAUAACUCGGCCAUCAGAAGUCGCCAUUGAUCUCACGCUAGACGACGAUGAUGGUGGAAAUGUCAUAAAUCCAAAAUCUUCCAAUGUUGACCAAGCUAUAACCGCGGCCAAGCAAGCUGUGGUAAAAAGGGCGAAUUCUCGGCGAACACCUCCGCCAAAGAGUGGUUAUGCUAGUAACCUCACAGGAGCAGCAUUAACAUUGACUGGUCCAAGCGCUAUGUCUGCAAGACCCUCUUUCAAGGCAUUGGCAAUGGAAAAGACAUCCCGGAAACGGCAUUAUGAAACUGAAAGUUCCUCUGCAGCAGAAGAUGAUGGAAUACUCAUCGAUAUUAAUCCAUCCUUGGAUCGGCCUGCUACGAUAACAAAACCACGAGGAUCUGCGACCGUCUGUACUAAGCCCUUGGUGCAAAAAAGUACAUCUAACGUUGACAACUGCCAACAAGUGGUUCACCCACAACCAUCCCUAAAUUCUACUAGAUCCUUUUUAGAGACGGCUACCAUUAGGGACAUAGGCGAGUCCACAUCCGACCAACCGAUGUCCUCUCUUCGGAUUAGGGCUAGACCACCAAGAAAGAUGAUGAUGCUUAUGGAUCGUCCUAAUUCUCGACCUCGCAAAGAAUCUUCUGGCAAAAUUGGGCUAGCAUCUAAAAAUGUGACAAAGUCAUUUCAAUCCACAAAUGAGCCGAUACUUUCCCAGGACACAAGGCACUUGAACUCUUUCUACCAGAACCAAGAAGAAAAACUACAAGCAUUCUUAAAAGGGAAACGAAAUUCCAUCAACCUGGACCUGGAGGAGGACGAGGAAGAUUCCUCCCCUACCCUUGAUAAGGUUACAGACCGUCGGACGAUUGACCCACCGUUAUCACGCAAGGGGCGCGAUACUGAGGUGAUGACACUACAUUCGUCAGAUCGCCCUCCAGGGCCAAUGCUAAGUGGAUCUCCACGGGCCACGGCACCCCCAGAACUCCUUGCCAGACAGCCUCACAAGGCUAAAGGGGACAUCGCUUUGAAUAACUGCACCGUCAAUCUUCCGAGGAAAGAUGGAUGGCUCUUGAGUGGCGUUGAAUCGGAAGACAACCCGGCUUCCAAUGGCAACCGUGCUGCAGAACCCGCACGCCUCAAAAACGUGGAAGGAAAACUAGGCGUUGCAGCUGCCCCCCCGAUAUCCUGGAAACCAAAAACAGAUCGUAUGGACGGAACAAACCGAUCAUCGAUCAGCAGCCUCCGAAAUGCUAGUACGGCGCUGGUGGCGGGUACCCAGACUGCUUACGGAUCAGACCAACAGGACACUCACAGAGAUUUGGCCGCAAGGGGCAACUCUACCAACCCAAUGAGUGAGGAGAAGCUCAAGGGCUCGCCCGAUCAAGGGCCUAGCCAUGUCAGCAAAGCUGUCCAAUAUACAAGCGAGCGUUUCCGAGCUAUGAUAAAGCCUUCCACUACUGCUGCAGACCCGGGGGUUGGGACCCGUUCCCCGGCUGUAGUAAGCCCAGUAGGGCUGACUGAUCAAUCAGUUUUGGAUUACUCUUCCAGUUCACAGGAGCUUGAGCAAGCUUCAAGUGGACAGGUUGUGAAGGCGCCGCCCGAAUUGGCCGUAAAGCAGUGGAUUCCGGCAGACAGCAAACCCUCGAACGACUCGGGAUUUCGACCCGCUAACCUGAUUAAUACAACAUCUGGACUACGCCACAACCCAGUAUUGGCACCGAACAAUACGGGCCCGAGCCAGAUCAAAGCCAAGCUGGUUAACCCUGCGACGCGUGGGAAAUCGGUGCAAGCAGCUGCAACCAUAACCGAUGCAGUGGAUCAAGCUUCGACUGUUUCGGCCCCGCCAGUAGAACACAUAUCGUCCCGGCCCGCGCCCGGAUCUAUCUUGGCUAGGAAUAUGGCGCAGAACGAGGGCUUACUAGUAGAUUCAGCGCCCGUGACAGGGCCGUGGAGUCGAGAGGCGUUCGACUUAUUCGGGUCAUGGCUGCCUCCUGGGAGAGAAAGACCUGGCGAAGACCCUACUUAG